AGAUGACGAAGUCGAGUGCAGACGCGAGUGCCAGUGCGGACGAUACAGACAUUGUGCGAGCAAGUGUAAUGAAACAGAGAACGUGGUGUUUGCGACGUAUUUUAAAUCUUGUUAAAUUUUUACUUAACUAUCGCUCAAAACAUUCUACUCUCUCUCUCUUUGGACUGUGUGAAAACGGUGACUUGUAUACUACGAGUUUACUUAGAUAUCAUUAUAUUUUUUUUAUCUGUAUUUUUACAUUUUUUUUUUCACGCCAUUCUUUUGCGUGUCGUUCGGUCUUACAUCUCGACCGAUUCUGAUUCGAUUAGUUAUCACGUUAUUGCGUGUGUUCAAUAAUAUCUUGUGUUCUUUUAUGUGAAUGAUAAUAACGAUAGCGAUACAAGCUGAGAGUAAUGGUAACGGUGACGGUAACGGUGGCGGUAUGAUCACUGACGUUUCGUUUUGGAUCGACUACGUCGCGUGUGUAUACGAUCAGUUGCCUGUUGCAUAACUACGAUUUUACGAUAGGCAUCUUCUUGUCUCGUUCGACAUUCCAUUGGGCAACGAAUUCAUCAAUCAUUAGCAAAAUCGGAUGUAUUUCAUUUUGUGAUUAGUUAUUAUAACGAAAAGAAGUAGAGAAAAAUUGUGGAAGGAACAGGAAGAAAGAGGUGAAAGCAAAACUAAGAGGUGAAAUAUUCUUGGAAAAUGGCGGCGGGAACGUGUCAAUUGGCCUGAAGAAAAAUUCAAAGAAAACGCAAAACACAGAAUGGUGCUGGUAGUAAACGGAGUCCUGCAAGAGGACAUACCAGUGGAUAGCAGGUCAUUAUAUGCAGCUCACCCGGUAUAUCGUGAAACUGCUGCGCAACUUCAUUCGAUGCCAGCAAAAUUGGUGGGCCCAAUGGGUCUUCUUUACGUACGUCAACGGGAAAUGGCUGCUACUUUGCCACACGACAAAAAUGUGAGCAUUAUUGGCUCGGAUGAUAUGACCACUUGUAUCAUUGUUGUUGUAAGGCAUUCCGGAUCGGGUGCUGCUGCAUUGGCGCAUCUCGACGGAGCUGGUACAGAAGAUGCAGCGGCAGCGAUGAUUCAAAGGGUAACGGAACUUGCCAUUGGAUUUCCAGAGGGUCGUCUAGAACUACAACUGGUCGGUGGUUAUUCCGAUCCCAGGAAUUAUUCCGAAGAAUUGUUCUCCAAUAUUCUUUCUGCAUUUCACAAGCAACCGGUAGAGAUUGAUCUAACCUUGUGUUGCGUGGGCGAAUUGAACACCACGGUAAGAGGUGGAACUCAUUGGCCGGUAAUAUACGGUAUCGGUUUGAAUGUAAAAACGGGUGAGAUUUUUCCUGCUACCUUCCCCGAUAAAGGUCCUGAUCAAGCCCUAAGAUGUGCUAGGCAUUUAACCGGAGGUCAACAGGUUCUAGAUGUUUACGACUGUACUCUUGGCUUACUCAGAAUCGGACCGUUCAACUACGAUCCUUUGAGAGGAGUCGAUCUUUGGUUAGCUCAAUCCGAUCAAUUUAUUCUGCAACAUCUUUCAACCGCACCGGAAGUGGAACUUCCACAUUUUGUAUCACAGGUACGAGCAACGCUCAAAUAUAUACAGGAUAAUCAAUUUCCGGCAGUCACCGUCUUCCGUGACAAUAGACCUCAUUAUUAUCGUCGAGAUGAAACCACCGGUGUUUGGCAACCCAUACGAUAUUGAUAAUGACUGCCGUUAUACUCAAAGGCUUGUAUUAAAAUUGACGGAAUUUUCCUAAUUCUUCUCUAAAAUUCAUAAAAUAAAAUAAAAUAAAGUAAAAUAAAAUAUAAAAAAAAAAACAAAGAAAUUUUAUUACGAAAAAUUAUCGUAAUAAAAUGGAUCGGCAUGAUAUAUGUAUAUAUAUAUAUAAAUAUAUAUAUAUAUACAUAUAUAUAUUUUAUAAUAUAUUUUUUUUUCGCAUUGCUCGUGAAAUAUUUGUUUCAUCUUUAUUAUUUUCAAAGUAGAGAUAUUACAUCGCUAAAUGUGAUACAAUGCGCGCGUACGACUUAUGAUACGAUUUCAUUUUUUGCAAUUGUUACAUUUAACGAUAAGACAUACAACGAUAUACAGAUUUUACGAUAUUCGCGACUUAUUUGUAAGAACGAGAAAUGAUAAAAUCGAAAGAGGGUAUGUCCAUUUUUUUUAGAAUGAUUAUAAUACUUAUCUUUUUAACCAUUAUUUUUAAGCGCGAUAGUAUAAAGAUUUCUCUUCGAUGGUUGUUGACUUUUAUUUUUUAAAUUUUUAUUCCUCCCCCUCUCCCCCUGCUCUCCCCUCCAAAUAUCUUUAUAUUAUAGCAACACGAAUUGUAUUUAUAUAGGAGAAAAAUCAACCAGAUGUGCUAUUGUAUAUUUUAAAUACGUAUAUAUUCUUUGUUCUUUCUUCAUCCUUUUAACCCGACAUUGGUAUACAUAUGUCAUCUUGAUAAUAAUAUGUGAUGCAUUGCAAAAUUGAAAUGUUCCGAAAUGAUUUAUUCGUAUCUUUCUAUUUCGUGCAUAAAAAAUAAUUUUUCCUUUAAAAUUUAAAUUUUGAAAAUUUAUUUUAAUAAAAAGUCUUAAAAUUUAUCUCUUUUUUCUCUUUCGUACGAAAUUGAAAGAUUUGCGAACGUAAUCAACAUUCCGAAUAUACGAUACGAGUAAAUGUACCUGCACGAAAGUCGAAUAAAUCGAGAAUGUUGUAGAUAA